AUGCCCAAGGCCGACCAAGCAGCGAAAUCUACACGUAUCCGCGAUAAUCAGCGGCGCUCCCGCGCGCGGCGGAAGGAAUACCUGGAGGAUCUGGAGCGACGCCUUCGCAGAUUUGAGAAACUCGGCGUCGAAGCCACACAGGAAGUCCAAGCCGCGGGCAGAAAAGCCGCUGAAGAAAACGCGCUGCUGCGAUCCCUGCUGAAAAUACGGAGUGUUACAGACGGCGAAAUUGACGCAUAUCUGCAAGAGCAUAGAGGGGCGACAAGCUCGAUCGCGGCACUGGCUUCGUCUAAGAGUGUUCCUUCGAAGUCUGAACUACUGGAGACAGCGGGUCAUCCAGCUUGUGGGGUGGGCUCAGGGAGCGGUCAGCGGCGCUCCCCUUUGCUCAUGCCCCGUAGCGGGAUAGGCCGCGCACAGUCAACAACUGCAACAACAAUGCUGAUAAAGCGAGUUGAAGGCCUGCCGUCUAGGCCGUUACCUCUUCCCCACCCCGGCCUCUCAUUGGCGCCAUUAGUGGCUGAUGUGCAGCCCACUAAUCCGAAGGAUUGGUCUUCAACCCCAAGCAUGCACGAGAUACGCUUGGGCAGCCCGACUGGACCAGGUGCAGGCCAACUCACGCCGUGCGAGACUGCAGCUGGAAUCAUUACGAGGAUGCGAGGAGAUCCAGACCUCCAGAAUGCACGCGCAGAACUUGGCUGUUCCUCAGAAUCCACUUGCAUGGUGAAGAACUUGGCCAUAUUUGAUUUACUUGAUAGGUGA